CACUCUCUGUCUUCCUCUACCGUUUACAUGUAUCUUCCUUCUCUCUUGGUCUACUAGGCAAUAUUUUCAUAAUCUCUCUCUCUCUCUCUCUCUCUCUCUCUCUCCCCCCCCCCCCCUGUGUGUGUGUUUUAUAAUUUCUACUUGGAAAAUCUUCAGUGUAGAAGUCAUUGAACACCUCCAUAUCUAUUAUCUAUUAGAAAGUGUAAAAGAUGGAGAAAUCAAACUCGAGUCCGGGAUUGUUGAGGACAAAAUCAGAUCAGUUGGUGGAGAAAGUGGCGGCGGCAAUGGCAGCAAUGAAGUCACCGAUGUCGAGUGAGGCAGCAGCAGGAGCAGCAGGAGCAGCAGGAGCAGCGGAGAGUGGUGCCACCCUCUCAAGGAAGUCGAGCAAACAGCUACUAGCAGCCGGAUCACCUGGGCGCACUGGCAGUGGCAAAAAUACACACAUUAGAAAGUCAAGAAGUGCUCAAAUGAAGCUGGACUUUGAUGAAGUGAGCAGCGGCGCCGCUCUGAGCCGAGCUUCUAGCGCUAGCCUCGGAUUUUCCUUCUCUUUCACAGGCUUCACCAUGGCUCCGGAGGAGAUCGCCGAUCUCGGCCCAUUUAGUGACGAAGAUAUUCCGGAAGAUAUAGAAGCUGGCAUGCGCAAGAAGAAGAUUCAAACAGAGCCUACCUUACCAAUUUAUCUGAAGGUGAUGAUUCUUGCCAUGCAUUUCACGGAUGUGACAUACAAGCUAGUUUUCAAAGGCGUGACAUCCACAGUGGAGAAGGAUAUUUUAAAUGGAAUUACUGGUUCAGUGAAUCCUGGAGAAGUUUUGGCACUAAUGGGACCUUCAGGAAGUGGAAAAACUACGCUCCUAAGUCUGCUCGGUGGAAGGAUAAAGGAGUCUACCACAGGUGGUUCAAUUACUUACAAUGACAAGCCAUAUUCGAAGUUCUUAAAAAGCAGGAUAGGAUUCGUGACUCAAGACGAUGUUCUAUUUCCUCACCUUACAGUGAAGGAAACAUUAACAUAUGCAGCUCUCUUAAGGCUGCCAAAGACAUUGACGAAGCAGGAAAAGGAAAAGCGAGCCACAGAUGUAAUAUACGAGCUGGGAUUAGAAAGGUGCCAAGACACCAUGAUCGGUGGAUCUUUUGUUCGGGGUGUUUCAGGUGGAGAGAGGAAGCGUGUAUGUAUUGGCAAUGAGAUAAUAAUCAACCCUUCCCUUUUGUUUCUUGAUGAACCAACCUCUGGCUUAGAUUCAACAACUGCUUUGAGGACCGUUGAUAUGUUACAAGAUAUAGCUGAGGCCGGGAAGACAGUAAUCACCACAAUCCACCAGCCAUCCAGCAGACUAUUCCACAAAUUUGACAAGUUGAUCCUUCUUGGCAAAGGAAGCUUACUUUACUUUGGAAAGGCAUCAGAAGCAAUGCUUUAUUUCUCAUCCAUAGGAUGCUCCCCUCUGAUUGCCAUGAACCCAGCAGAGUUCCUGCUAGACCUUGCAAAUGGGAACAUUAAUGAUGUUUCUGUACCAUCAGAAUUAGAAGACAAAGUGCAAAUGGGUAACUCAGAAAGGGAAACAAGCAAUGGAAAGCCAUCUCCUGCAGUUGUGCAUGAGUAUCUUGUAGAGGCCUACGAGACACGAGUAGCAGAAAAUGAGAAAAAGAAACUUCUGGUUCCAAUACCGGUUGACGACGAAGUAAAAUCGAAAGCGUAUUCCACAAAGAGAGAAUGGGGAGCAAGCUGGUGUGAACAGUUCUCCAUAUUAUGCAGGAGAGGACUCAAAGAAAGGAGGCAUGACUAUUUUAGCUGGUUGAGAAUCACCCAAGUUCUCUCUACUGCAAUUAUUUUGGGAUUGCUCUGGUGGCAGUCAGGUAGCAACAAAGCUGAAGAACUUCAAGAUCAGGCAGGGCUGCUUUUCUUCAUUGCUGUCUUCUGGGGAUUUUUUCCAGUCUUCACAGCAAUUUUCACAUUUCCUCAAGAAAGAGCCAUGCUGAACAAGGAACGAGCAGCCGACAUGUACAGACUGAGUGCAUAUUUUUUGGCCAGGACUACAAGCGACCUUCCACUUGACCUCAUCCUGCCAGUACUUUUCCUUCUUGUUGUCUAUUUCAUGGCAGGCUUGAGAAUGAGUGCUGGUCCAUUUUUCCUCAGCAUUCUUACAGUUUUCCUCUGCAUCAUAGCAGCACAGGGCCUCGGACUAGCAAUUGGGGCUACAUUGAUGGACUUAAAGAGGGCUACAACUCUAGCCUCCGUAACUGUGAUGACCUUCAUGUUGGCAGGUGGCUACUUUGUGAAGACAGUUCCAGUAUUCAUAUCAUGGCUCCGCUAUCUCUCCUUCAACUACCACACUUACAAACUUCUUCUAAAGGUGCAGUAUGAACACAUCAGUCCCACAAUCAAUGGGAUGAAAACAGACAGUGGUUUAAGAGAAGUUAGUGUCCUGUUAGCUAUGGUUGUAGGCUACCGUCUUUUGGCAUACCUAUCAUUGCGAACGAUGACGCUCCAACCUGGAGCUUAAAAGAGUGACAAUCUUCAAGAGAGUACAAAGCUGAGCAACUCAGCUUCCGCUCUUUUACAGGUCUAAAAGAGAACUUGCGAAGAAUUGAGUCACAAAGUUAGAAAAGGGAUACUAGCUACAAUCACUGAUCCAAAACUUCUGAGCUUUUCAGCUUUAAGAAGUUAUAAAUUCAUCAGGUAGCAGAAAGUGAUAUAGAGGAGACCGUUACAUGUUAUCCUAUGCAUGUAUGUGGACAUCACUGCAUGGAGUUCCAUUGUAAAUUUUUUUUUUGAUAAGUAAGUUCCAUUUUAAAUAUUUUCCCAUAAAAUUGAACUUUUGUUCACUGGUAGGUCCUUGUCCCUAAAAAUAUGAGAACACUUUAUGCAUCAGCUAUACCAAGUACCAACUUCAACUUAUUGUAUUUCUACUGAAUAUGCGUAUGGAUUCCACAAUUUCUGUUA